GAGAGCCACCGCUCUGCAGGGCGGGCUCGGGGAGAGCUGGCAGAGCAGGAGGGGUCGAGAUAGCGAAAACCGAAGAGUUUUCUUGGAGGCAUUUUUGGUUCCGUUUGUGAGAUUGAUGUUAUUCUUAAUGAUGCCGAAACACGAAAAACAGCAGAAAUCAAAACAGAAGAUGGUAAAGUAGAAAAGCAUUUUCUCUUCUAUGAUGGAGAAUCUGUUUCCGGAAAGAUGAACGUCUCCUUUAAGCAGCGUGGGAAGAGACUAGAGCACCAAGGAAUUAGAAUUGAAUUUGUAGGACAAAUUGAACUCUUCAAUGACAAAAGCAAUACCCAUGAAUUUGUAAACUUGGUGAAAGAACUGGCCUUACCUGGAGAACUGACCCAAAACAGAAGCUAUGACUUUGAAUUCAUGCAGGUUGAGAAGCCAUACGAAUCCUACAUUGGUGCCAAUGUCAGACUGAGAUAUUUUCUAAAAGUGACAAUAGUGAGACGGCUAUCAGACUUGGUGAAAGAAUAUGAUCUGAUUGUUCACCAGCUUGCUACGUACCCAGAUGUUAACAACUCCAUUAAAAUGGAAGUGGGCAUUGAAGACUGUCUUCAUAUAGAAUUUGAGUACAAUAAAUCAAAGUAUCACUUAAAGGAUGUGAUUGUUGGAAAAAUUUAUUUCCUCUUAGUGAGAAUAAAAAUUCAGCACAUGGAGUUGCAGCUGAUCAAAAAGGAGAUUACUGGAAUUGGACCCAGUACCACAACAGAAACUGAAACCAUUGCAAAGUAUGAAAUAAUGGAUGGUGCACCAGUUAAAGGUGAAUCAAUUCCUAUAAGACUGUUCUUAGCAGGCUAUGACCCAACUCCAACAAUGAGGGAUGUGAACAAAAAGUUUUCAGUGAGGUACUUCUUAAAUCUAGUGCUUGUGGAUGAAGAAGACAGACGAUACUUCAAACAGCAGGAAAUAAUUUUAUGGAGAAAAGCUCCUGAGAAGCUGAGGAAACAACGAACAAACUUUCACCAGCGUUUUGAAUCUCCAGAAUCACAAGCAUCUGCUGAGCAACCAGAAAUGUGAACUGAUGUAAGGUGAAAAAACUUUGUGAUGCUUCAGCAGGUUAAAGAUGGCAGCAGCCUGUGGGAAAAGAAGGCCAAAAUUCCCAUUACAGCUGUCUUCCUUCAUCUUGCAGUGCUGCAUUUACCAUACUACUAAAGCGUUCUUCAGUUAAACAUUCAAGUAUGUACAUACAUUUAAAAUAAAGUGCUUUCUCAAACACUGGAA